CACGGAAGGCGUGGCCAGUGAAGAGCGUGCCACAGUUCCCAGCGAGGGCUCGCGCGCGCGCCCUGCCCGAGCUCCAGGCAGCGAUCAGCCGCUCGCACUGUGUCGCCGGGACCCGAGGGCUGCGCGUCUGAGCGGAGAGGCUGCGCAGGACGGGACGCACCGGCUCGGUGCACGCGUUCGACCCCCCCCCCCCCUUUCUGUCCACUCCUCGAUUCCACGGAGCGUCGAGUCUGGAUGCUGGACGGAUGCGCGAGCCGUCCCCGCGUCGAGAACACACCUCUGAGAGAGCCAUGGACAGCCUGGGCAGCCGCUGCAAGAUCGUGGUGGUCGGCGACACGCAGUGUGGGAAGACUGCGCUGCUCCACGUCUUCGCCAAGGACUGUUACCCGGAGAACUACGCGCCCACUGUGUUCGAAAACUACACCGCCAGCUUUGAGAUCGACAAGCACCGGAUCGAGCUGAACAUGUGGGACACGUCAGGUUCGUCUUAUUACGACAACGUGAGGCCGUUGGCGUAUCCCGAUUCCGAUGCGGUGCUCAUCUGUUUCGACAUCAGCCGCCCAGAGACUCUGGACAGCGUCAUAAAGAAGUGGCAGGGAGAGACACAGGAGUUCUGUCCCAAUGCCAAAGUGGUGCUGGUGGGCUGCAAACUAGACAUGAGGACGGACGUCAACACCCUGCGGGAGCUGUCCAAGCAGCGGCUCAUCCCCGUCACCCACGAGCAGGGAAGCGCCGUCGCCCGGCAGAUGGGGGCGGUGGCCUACGCGGAGUGCACCUCCAAGGUGUCGGAGAACAGCGUGCGGGACGUGUUCCACAUCACCACGCUGGCGUCGGUGCGGCGGCCGCACAAGCCGGCGCCGGCGCCGGCGCCGCAGCUGAAGCGCAGCAGCUCCCGCCGCGGCCUGAAGCGGGUCUCACAGCUGCCGCUGCCCCCGCUGCCGGGACGGACUGAGCAAAUGGACCCGGCCCCCGCCAUGAGGAAGGACCGGGCCAAGAGCUGCGUGCUCAUGUAGAGACCCACUCUUAUCCACACAUAUAUAGAAUCACAGAAAUAUAUAACAGAAGAAAUCUAUUUAUUGUUCGAAUGUUGUUUUUUUUCCUUAUAUUUUCAUUUUUUUGCGCUGAGGGGAAAAACAAAAAAACUGCGAUGUGGAAGCAAAUGCUUUGGAUUCUUUUCUUUUUUUGUUGCCUCUGUGAAUAUUUUCUAAACUGUUUACAUAAUUUGUGUUGCGAUAAUGGCGAAUGGGACUGACCCUCGGGACUCCAGGCUGUGAUAGCGCGGAGAGGCGUCCGGGUGCCGCCAGAUGUCGAGGAGGAAUUAAUUUCUCGAGAACACUCUAACAAGAGGACGCUGCUGCGGCGGCGGCGAGGAGGAGGAGGAGGACGGUGGACGAGUGUCUGUGUUGAUACUCAGCCACGAGGACUGAAUGUGUUAGUGGCGCUGUUUGCUUCCUGUUGCCAUAGAGUUCAACCCAUAACUAGUUGCUGCAUGGGAUUCUACUGAGUUGGGUGAGUGAUGGCUCGAACCAAACGCUGGGAGCUGCAGAUGGGAUUUUCUAACACUGUCGGAAGUAUUGUGCAAGCGUGUGUGUGUGUGUGUGUAUGCACGUGUGAGCAUUACUACCACAAGUGCAUUGGAAGGAAAACGCAUCGCAACAUAUCGGAUUUUAUUUUGUGCAUCGAGUCCAACUGUGUCCGUUCGACCCCCUCCAGGUAACGCUGUCGUUUUUGAAGUCUGUUUGUGGAAAAUAAAGUGCAUCAAAUGUCA